AUGAAAACGGAACAAAACGAGAAAGAAUGGACAAGGAAAGAUAUAAAGGCACUUGCAUUAAUUAAUAUACAUAUAACGCAAGGUCAACUCAUUUACUUAAAAAAGGCUAAUACAUCAAAAGAGGCAUGGGAAAAAUUAGAAAAUGCGUUUGAGUCAAAAGGUCCCAUGAGAAAAACGACGCUAAUAAAGGAGUUGGUACAAACAAACGAAUACGAGCACAAAGCCGAACAAAUUCGAGCGGCAGGCAUAGAGCUGCCGGAUUACUUGUUGUCGAUAAUGAUGCUAGCUUCUUUAUCACCCGAAUAUGAAAGCUAUACCGGAGCGAUUGAAUCACGUGAUGAGAUACCCUCGUUCGAAUAUUUAAAAACAAAAUUAAAAGAAGAGGAAGCAAGACAGAACGAUCGAAUGGCCAAAUCAUGCCAGAAUAACGAAAUAUCAGAAGCUCUCAUCGCAAAGAACAACCAAUUGAAAUACAAUCAAUCACGAACGUAUGCUAAGGAAAGAAAUGUUAUACAAAAUAAUCCAAGGAACAACAAGAACUGUUUUAAGUGUGGCAAACCUGGCCAUAUAGGUCGUUCUAUUCUAAAGUAA